CACGUGUCUGAUGAUUGAGUUAGGCGAUGAGAAACAGAAAGAAAUCGGGGUGAUGCUAAAGGACAUCGAAAACGGAUAGAUAAACGUUGAUAAAGGGGAUAUUUACCAUCAUGUGUUCUUGUGUUAAGCAGGUUACAACAUUUCAAUGAGUAAAAGGCCGUUUUAAAUCAUGAAUGUAAACAGCGAAUCAUCCAAAUCUUAUGAAGAAGAAAGACAGACUUUGCUCUUGCAUCUUUUGGAUGCUGUUAAACAGUGUCAAAUCAGAUUUGGAGGGAGGACUGAAUUAGCCACUGAAAGUGAUAGCAGAAUUGUUUCUCUCUGCACUCAGUUUGAAGCUGUAUUACAGCAUGGAUUUAGAGGGAAUAAUAAGAAUUAUUCAGCUUUUAGACAGGUUACCGAGAUAAUGAAAGGAUUAAACCUUAAAAAUUUGGAAUCAGAGCCAGCUUUCUGGCAUUUUGUGAGAACGAUACUCAAUAAACACGAAUACGAGAGGUACCUGAUGUUAAAAAAUACUUCCACCGAUGUCGGAAGAGGCCGGGCUUGGCUCCGAUCUGCACUUAAUGAACGUUCUCUGGAACGAUACAUGCAUAUGAUGCUUGCUGAUGCCACUCACAUUAGUCAGUUUUAUGAAGACUGGGCAUUCUUGAUGGACCAAGAAAGGAGCAGUAUGCUGCCCAUGAUGUCUGCAGGUCUGGGCUCUAUAUUAUUUGCAAUCAACAUUGACAAUCCGGAUCUGGACAUUUUUGACUAUAAUCGCGUGGAAAAUAAAAUUACCAUUAACAAUACUGAAGAAGUUUUAGAUGAACCAUUACCCAUAAUUGCAAAAUCUCUUGGUGUUCAUUCUGGUGGAAAGAAGAGGAAGAGAAAAAAACCAAGCUUGCAAGUUAUAUCAUUUGAUGAUAAUGACCUGAGAGAAAAUGAAUAUGAAAAUGUGAGUCUUCCACCUUCCUACAGCAGUGCACCCCCAACAUGUCUUUCUUCUCCAGUUGUUUAUAAUGGUAAUUUUGGUGCUCUCACAGAUUCGGUCAUGACUGACGAUACUAACCAAAGGUUCUCUAAAGAUUCAGAUAAAAACAUCUCAAAGAAAUCCGAAGAAGUAAUUUCGGUUCUUGCUUCUUCAGAAAACAAAUCGGAGGAUAGUGAUAAGUUGAUUAAUGGUAACAUUGAUUCCGAUCAAGACAUUCCAUCUUUUCGUGUCCAAGAUUUGUCGACCAAAGAUGAUGUGUCAAACGUAGAAAAUGGUCUCCCUUCCAAAACGAUAUUAACACCAAUAGAUAACGCUUCCAUUGGUGAAUUAAUUCCAUUAAAUCAAGGUGAUGAUAUUCAAUCUUCAGAAGAUUCCGUGUCAAUACCGAGCUAUGGAGAAGAAACCGAAAACGCCGCGGCCGCUCUGGCGGUUGCCCAGAGGGGCACAAAUUGGGGAACGGUUGGACCGUCUUCUCAAACUUCCCUCAACUCGGCAGUGAUUCUGGCAAAUAGAAAACCAUCAGAACCCAGAAGCAGAAGUGAAACGCUAAGCAUGAGUAACGACGAACUCAGGGAAGCUCUUUUGGUUGUCUUACACAGAAAAGAUGAACUGGAAGAGACAAAUAACUCUCUAAGAAACUUGUUAGACAAGGAAAUGGAAAUGUGUGCAGGACUUAGGGCAGAAAUGGAAGAAAUGAAAAAGCAGCACGAGGAGAAGAAUGAAAGGCAGGAAAUUAAAUUGCAAACGCUUUCCAGAGAGAAUGACCUAUUGAAACAUCAGCUGAAAAAGUAUAUUGCUGCUGUUCAAAUGUUGAAGAGAGAUAGUGUUAAAGCUCAAGAAACUUUAUCCGGGAUGAUAGGAGAUGUACAACCAGCCAUUCCCGAACCUCGGAUAUACAUUGAUCAUCAGUACGAGGCUGCAGAAUAUGAAAAGAAACUUGUCCAAGUAGCAGAAAUGCAUGGAGAAUUAAUGGAAUUUAAUGAACGCCUCCAUCGUCUGUUACUCCAAAGAGAAGCAAGUAUAAGAAGACUCAAAGAAGAGCUUGUCGACUUGAGAGGUCCGUUGCCGGAUGAUAAUCAGACAUCGGAUGAUGACAUUAGCAUAACGUCAGAUUACGAUGCAUCCUCGCAGACGGCUGCAUCCCGUCCACUCAUAAAUAUAUGGAUACCGUCUGCUUUCUUGGCCGGUCGUACGACGGAUCUUCAUCAUGUUUAUCAGGUAUACAUUCGCAUAAGGGAUGACGAAUGGAAUAUUUAUCGGAGGUAUGCGGAAUUCUAUGCCCUGCAUAAAUCUCUUAAAAAGAAACAUCCUAUUGUUAACACUUUUGAUUUUCCACCAAAGAAAACUCUCGGUAACAAGGAUGCAAAAGUUGUAGAGGAGAGGCGACGGCGCUUUCAACAUUAUUUACGUUCCAUUAUUAACUGGAUGCUCCAGACAAACUCUGACCUAACUAACAAUCCCGACAGAGAAACUAUAAUUUCUCUACUACCUUUCUUCGGUGAGAAAGAGAAUGAUACAAAAUCUCAGUCGCCCCGAACAGUCAGCAACCGAUUGAGAUUUGCGGCUCGGAAUUCUCCGCCAACUGGAGCGGAAAGACCCGUACAACACUACAUGGGCUUAUAGAA